AGGGGAGUCUGCGCUUCUCACUCCAGGGAUCAGCUAUUAUCUCUGAUGGACUUGAUCCAGCACAAGAAAACCCAGUUGGUCUGUGAUUAUGACCACUUAGACAGAGUUCCAAGUGCAGUUUGCGGACGUUAAACUGCUCUAACAGGCUCAGCUGUUUUACCAGCACCGGCUUUCAUGUGUUUUAUGUGGCUGCGCUCAACAGUGAGGUAGACUUUUGUUUUUAGUAUUAUUAUUAUUCUGGCAAAUUUUUACCGGAGUGUCGUGGGUGAUUUACCCCGUGGAUGCGGCUUCCGGGGUCGGCAUCUGAGCCCUGCAGGACCAGCCUGUCUUAGGGCAUGAUGAUGAUGAUGAUGAUGAUGAUGAUGAAGAUGAUGAUGAAUUCUCUGGGUCUUUUUAAGUGCAUGAGGGAUAUUUGUCCGGAGAUGUUGCUCCUGUUGCCACUGUUGUGGUUUUUUCCUGUGACUGGAGCGGCUCCGUCUCAGCCAACAGAGCAGCUGGACAUGGGGGUGGACUGGCUGAGUAAGUUCGGUUAUCUCCCUCCCCCUGACCCAGUGACUGGUCAGCUUCAGACCAAGGAGGCCCUGACGAAGGCCAUCAAAGCCAUGCAGAAGUUUGGAGGGCUGAAGGAGACCGGGGUCUUGGAUCAAGCCACCCUGGGACUCAUGAAAACACCCAGAUGUUCCUUGCCAGAUGUGUCUGAGGCAGAGGUGACAAUGGGCCGCAGGAAACGAAGCCUGAAUCCUCAAAACAAAUGGAAUAAGAGGCAUCUGUCUUGGAGAGUGAGGACUUUCCCCAAGGAUUCGGCCUUAUUGGGGAGGGACACUGUUCGAGCCCUGAUGUACUACGCCUUAAAGGUCUGGAGUGACAUCGCGCCUCUUAACUUUCACGAGGUGGCCGGCAGUGAUGCAGACAUUCAGAUCGACUUCACCAAAGCCGACCACAAUGAUGGAUAUCCUUUCGACGGCCCAGGGGGCACUGUGGCUCAUGCAUUUUUCCCUGGUGAAAGGUUCACAGCCGGAGAUACGCACUUUGAUGAUGACGAAGCCUGGACCUUUAGAUCACCAGACUCUCAUGGGAUGGAUCUGUUUGCAGUCGCCGUCCACGAGUUUGGUCACGCCAUUGGCCUGGUCCAUACCUCAGCCAUGGAGUCCAUUAUGAGACCGUACUACCAGGGUCCUGUGGGAGACCCCCUGAAAUACGACCUGCCCUAUGAGGACAAAGUCAGAGUGUGGCAGCUUUACGGGGUCAGAGACUCUGUGUCUCAUACAAAUCGACCCGGCAGUCCUUCCCAGACGGCUGAACCCCCCGUCCUGCUGGACCUUCCGGAAAACAGAUCCACUGUCCUUCUUGCACGAGAUGCCCCAGACAGAUGCACCAGCCACUUUGACGCAGUAGCUCAGAUACGAGGGGAGGCUUUCUUUUUCAAAGGGAAGUACUUUUGGCGACUCACUCGAGAGAAGCACCUGGUUUCUCUUCGUCCGGCUCAGAUUCAUCGUUUCUGGAGGGGCUUGCCACCAAACCUGGACAGUGUGGAUGCUGUGUACGAGAGGCCUGGGGAUCACAAAAUAGUCUUUUUAAAGGGUCUUAAGUACUGGGUGUUUAAGGACAACAAUGUAGAGGAGGGUUACCCCCGUCCAAUCAGUGACUUCGGUCUACCCUCGGAGGGUGUGGACGCUGCGUUCGUUUGGUUGCACAACGACAAAACCUACUUCUUCAAGGACAGCCACUACUGGCGUUAUGAUGACCAUCUGAGGCGAAUGGACCUGGGUUACCCUAAAGACAGCACGCUUUGGAAGGGGCUGCCACCGCAACUCGACGACGCCAUGAGGUGGUCUGAUGGCUCGUCCUAUUUCUUCAAGGGGAAGGAAUACUGGCGAGUGCCGGGCAGCGACAUGGAGGUGGAGGCGGGUUACCCCCGGCUCAUCGCUAAGGACUGGCUCCUGUGCACCGAGAUGCAGUCAGACUCUCCAGACACAGAGCCCAAAAGCACAGAGACCAGAGUCAACGUGCACCAUCACCCAGACCACGCAGAGAAUGGAUACGAGGUGUGCUCCUGCACCUCGGACACCGCCUCACCUUUAGGCGUCCGUCUCUCCCCAUCUCCCGUCUGGCUGCUGCCACCUCUCUGGACGUUAUCGCUGGCCCUCCGCUCUGAACUGCUAUGAUGCCAAAGCACUGGACAAAGCUGUCGAGCUAUGUGUAACGAAAGGAACUCACUGGUGGAGGGCCAGUCUAAAUACAAACUGGAAAAUUUUGUUCAUAAAUAUAAUUGGUAUCAAUUGGUAUGUUUUGCUAUUAUUUUGCUGUUAUUUAUUUUAUGGGCCAUUCUAACAAAUUGGUGGAAACUGCUUUCUGGGAACCAAAAAACAAAUUUUUUUAAAGCAUUCAUGCAGAUUUUAGAUGCUUACUAAGAUAUUUCAAUUGUCUAUUCAAACAUAGAAUAAUAUUUGAGGUAGGUAAACACUAAAUAUACAAUUAACAUUUUCAGAAUAGUCUCACAUCCCAUUCCCACACUUUUUUAGCACUGAGGCUGAAACCGUUAUUCUUGAAUAGAUAAGAAAUUAUCUGUCUUGUUUAUAUUUCAUUAAACCAAUUACAUUAGUUUUGGGAAUAACUAAGCCAAGGAUGCAGAAACAGUGCCUUUGCAAACAGUGUCGGGGAUAGACUUGCUUUGGUGGAAUAUUUUCCUGUGGAUGGUGAACCCAGGUAUUGAUAAUGUGUGAAAAGACAAGACCACAGAGAUAAAGGCAGAGCUGGUUUAUUGCAUUAUCCAGAUCUUCCUCAAAAGUUGUCUUUUUCAGCAUGUAGUUGCUGGCUCUGUGUUUUGUUUUUUUCAUGUAGAGAUUGAAAAUGCCAGUUGAAAUAGUGUGUUCAUCGCAAGACUCCUUCCUUCAAAUCAGAUUAUUCACAGCUUUAGAAAAUAAUUAUUAGCUACCUCUGACAAUACUGUGAAAAGUCUGCAUAUAUCAUUAAUCAGGGUUUAGUUUGUAUAAAAGUGAGGCAAAAAUUUGGUUUAUUAAAAAAAAAAAAAAAACUUAUGGACAAAUUAACAAAUAAAUGACUUGUGUUUAAAUCAAUGGUAAAUGACAAAUUUUCUCAAUAAAAAGGAACAUAAAUUAUGAAUGGCAGUAUUGGAAAAAUAAUGUAGAAACCAAGGAAUGACAACCUGAGCUCCAAAACUAAGCCAGUGUGGAAGUAUUGCUGAAUUAUUUAUCUAAAAAUAUGUCAGCAUUUUUUUUCUGACUCAUUCUGGUCUCAUUCAUUAUAUUUGGUGGUCUGCCUAUAAAUAUUCCCUCUGUUAAUUCAGUCUGGAACAGAAGCUUUGAUAUCCACCAUGUUGAGCUUUGACAACUCUGUCUGACAGCUGAGUCACAGGUUUGGUUUAUUUAAUAAAGGACAUUUUUUGCCUGACAGACGGCUCCACUAUAGUUGUGGUUAACAGGUUCCACUAAAGGUUUUGCAAUGUUCAGUGAAGUUUAACAUAUUAAUGAGUCAGUAAGUCACUUGACCCCUUGGGCUCCAGAGAUCUGACCCUUGUGUCCAAAUAUGGUCUCUUCUGGCUCCUAAAACCCAACAUGGCAACAGCCAAAUAGCAAACUACCAGCUUCAAAAUGGCAGCUUAGAAACCAAUAGGUGAUGUUACAUUUCCUCCAUUCAGUAUUAUAUACAGUCUAUGGUAGUAACAACUAAUAUUCGAAGUAUAGGGUGUUCAAAAGUCAUGUUGAAGGGUUGUUCUACUAAGGUACAAAAAAUCCCAAGUGCUCAAAUAAUUCAUCACCUGUAUAGGAGUUUUCAGUUGGAAGGUGGCUGUCCUGACCUGUAAUGUUCUAAAGGCUUAAAAAAAUUGUUUCUUCAAAGAGAACCUAGAUUCUGACCUGCAUUCUUGAGAUCAGCUUAAAAUGAUGUAAAAAUACUCACUAUGCUGAAGCAGUCUAGCAUAAUCGUAUCUUAUUUCAUCUUCAAUGGAUAAGAGAAGUCUCAUAUAACAUCUAAAAUUUGCAUACUUAUGCAUGCUUUUAUAGAUUAGGUUUUUUUUCUUACUGGCAUUGGGACAGCAGUUCACAUCAGUUUAGCUGAAUGGCCCUUAUCAAAGCGCCUUGCAGUAUGAGUAGUGCAUACAUUUAUCAUAACAUCAUCUCUGCCUAGUGAGCAUCGGUUCACUGACAACAACAAUCCUCGUAACAUGAUUUACAGAACAGAAAUGUGUAUGUCUUAUGUUCUUCUUGAAUGGUUGAAUGGCCUCAUCUUUGUAAGGACAGCUAACUGAGUGGGACUGAUUGUAAUUAUGUUCACAUGAAUUACAACAUCAUGCACUUUUUUCAGUAUCUUGUACUUCAUGUACAACAAUAUUACAGCAAUAAUGAAUGACAUCUUUGGAUGUAGAUGAAAUAACAGGUACAAAUAUGUAGACAGAUGAAGGUUAAUAGGUGGAUAAAGUUCUUUUCCAACUAAAAAAGAUGAGGCUGGUUUUAUUCUAUGUUGUGGUUUUUUGUUUUGUUUUUUUUAAGCAGCUCCUUGUUGACAAUAAGAGAGUCAGUGAUGGUGUGGUUUAUAACUACAUCCAUUCCUGGAUUGCAGGUACAUUAGUCAUAGAGGAAGAGAGUUAAUUUUUAUAUAGGUGGAUGGGAAAAGCUGCCUGAAGGACCUUAAUUAGGGCAAAUAAUGACAGGUGAGUAUUAUGACGGGUUGUAUCAGGGGAACAGUAUCAUGGAAUGUACUGUAGAUAGUUAGUUUACAGAUGAACAGAUCCCUGGGGUCAGGGUUGACAGGAAGACACACGAGUGUCAUGCUGGGAUGUCGACAGGGAGAUAAAUGGCAUCUACUGUUGUAAACAUGUAGAGAAAACCACCCGUUGCAGCUACAUAAGGAAAACAGGACCCAAGGAUGUAGUCAGUGAAUGAUAAAUUAAUGGCUUCUUGUGAGGUAGACAGAUGUAAAAUCCAAGACUUUCUCAAUGUUGCUUAGCGCCAUUAUCCUUUUUAAAUCCUUUACCCAUACUCCCACGCUCUUUAAAGAACUGCUGCUCUUGCGUCUCAAAGAGUUCAUUGUCAUCACCCCUGGUGCAGAAGCAUUCCCCAGCAGCAGUACUGGUCUUGUUGUAUUUUUGUAAUGAUUAUGAAUAGAUUGUAAUUCCAUCAUGAUUUUAUCAGGUUAGAGAUCACUGAGCAUUUUUUUCUCACCACCGGACUUCAUGAAUCUUUCUGAAGGACCACACAACAUAGCAACUGGAUUUAUUCUCGCUCAUAUAUUUACCUACAAUUUAAACAUAGACACAGAUAUAUUUGAGUUGAGAUGUUCCAUGGUUACUGCAAAACCAAGUGGACUGUGUAUAUUUCAAGCUGUGUUUUCUAAUGUAAAAUAUUUUUGUAG